UGUGUGUGUGUAUAAUCAGGCUCAGAAAGACUGUUUUUGUACUUAAACACGUGCAUGCCCACCCCACGUGGCUUUGCCCCAGGGCAGAUCAGAAAGGGGGAAAUCCUGCACCGCUGCAUAUUUAUGGAGCAGCUGCUUUCUAUCCGUUUCCAGGCCGAACGACGCGGAACCCGUUCUGCAUGUUAACGAGGACUAAGUGUUCACGUGACCGCGGCAGCGCGUCGUCACCCGCGUGUCAAACCCUGAAGGGGCUGAAGGGCUGCGUGCUGGAGAUCCCGUUCCGGGAUCCUGUACGGGAGCGAGACAAGCGAUCGCGUCCGGACGUGUCAGUAGUCUCGGAGUGUCCUGAACUUCAUCACUGAUCUGACCACGCUUUGUAUCUCCUGCUGAGAAUGGAGCUCUGGAUGACGAUCUACUGAUUAAUAACAGACCAUUACCCCGCAGAGAACCCUGUAUUAAACAUCUAGCGUGCUUAAAAAUCCGGAUUUUUGUGUUCCUCAACUUGUUCAUGUAGAGAUCCUGCAGAAACUCGGAAUGCCAAGAACCGUGCGGAGGGUGCUUUGAUUAUAAGCGGUGAGUGCCACCGGUGACCAGGAGGAUGAGGGUGCGCUGGUCAAGGAAGGUGGCUUUUCUGGCCAAGACUGGCUUCUUCGUCUCCAUUCUGUGGCUCUUCUACCUCUUCGUUUUCCGCUCUUCUAACACUGCGCCGGCCGAAGACAGAAGCGAGCACAAUAUCCAGGCCCGGAAUGCAUUUACACGGGAGGAAGAGGAUCCCGAGACACUAAAGCGGCCCAUUUAUUCGAAGCCUCCUCCUGAUCCGAGGGCAUACGGAGAGUGGGGCAAAGCCACCCGACUGAACCUUAACUCUGAGGAGAAGAAGCAAGAGCAGGACAGCAUCGAGCGCUAUGCCAUCAACAUCUACGUCAGCGACAAGAUAUCCCUCCAUCGCCAUAUCGAGGAUAACAGGAUGCAUGAGUGUAGAAGCAAGACAUACGACAUCCGUCACUUUCCAACCACAUCUGUGAUCAUCGCCUUCUAUAACGAGGCCUGGUCAACCCUCCUGAGAACCAUCCAUAGUGUCCUGGAGACCACCCCAGCUGUCCUGCUGAAAGAAGUCAUUCUGGUUGAUGACUUGAGCGAUCGAGGCUAUCUAAAAGCCCAGCUAGAGGAGUACAUUAGCAGCCUGAAGCGCGUGCGCCUCAUCCGCACUAAUAAAAGAGAGGGACUGGUCCGAGCUCGGCUCAUCGGCGCCACCUAUGCCACAGGAGAUGUUCUCACCUUCUUGGACUGCCACUGUGAAUGUGUUCCUGGCUGGAUCGAGCCUCUGCUUGAAAGGAUUGCAGAGAAGCAGGACACUGUGGUAUGUCCAGUGAUCGACACCAUUGACUGGAACACGUUCGAGUUUUACAUGCAGACCGAUGAGCCCAUGGUGGGUGGCUUUGACUGGCGGCUUACAUUCCAGUGGCACAGCGUGCCUGAGGUGGACCGCAGACGUCGCAAAUCCCGAAUAGAUCUCAUUAGAUCUCCCACCAUGGCCGGGGGCUUGUUUGCUGUAAGCAAGGCGUACUUCGAAUAUCUGGGCACUUAUGAUACAGGCAUGGAGGUGUGGGGAGGAGAGAAUCUGGAACUUUCCUUCAGGGUUUGGCAGUGUGGAGGCUCGUUAGAGAUUCACCCCUGUUCUCAUGUGGGUCACGUCUUCCCCAAGAAGGCACCAUACGCCAGACCAAAGUUCCUCCAGAACACAGUGCGGGCUGCUGAAGUCUGGAUGGACUCUUACAAGGAGCUUUUCUAUAACCGCAACCCUCCUGCUCGUAAGGAAACAUACGGGGACAUUUCUGACAGGAUUCUCUUACGGGAACGGCUGAAGUGCAGGAGCUUUGACUGGUAUCUAAAGAACAUUUACCCAGACCUGCACGUACCUGAAGACAGACCGGAUUGGCAUGGAGCUUUGCGUAAUGGUGGGAUUCCCUCAGAGUGUCUGGACUACAACUCUCCAGAUCACAAUCCCACAGGGGCUCAUUUGUCUCUGUUCGGCUGCCACGGACAAGGCGGGAAUCAGUAUUUUGAGUACACCUCGUAUAAGGAGAUCCGCUUUAACUCAGUAACGGAGCUGUGCGCUGAGUACCUGGACGGCCAGAACAACAUCGGAAUGAAGCACUGUCCGCGGGAUGGAGAGCCGAUUCCUCCUACAAUCGUCUGGGAGUUCAAAGAUAAUGGAGCAAUCUAUCACCCGCUGUCCGACAAGUGCAUCACUUCGUACCGUACAGCAGAGGGGCGGACUGACGUCCACAUGCAAAAAUGCUCCAGUGAAGACAUGAACCAACGAUGGAAGUUCGAAUGAAUUUGAUUUCUAGACCAAGGAGCUUGUUCCGGCAGGAUAGUUUUUCCUUUGCACUGGGAGUCGGGUUUGGAAAGCAGAGAAAUACAGCGGCUCAGAACGAUAGUUGCUCACUUACAGAAACGUGGAAGGCCUACGACUUGUCCAUGAGGAGACUAGGCUCUGUUCUGUGCCUUUGAAAGCCAAAGGUGAUCAGGUCUUUUUAUUUUUAAUGUGUUUUUUUCUUUUAUCUCCCGAUGCAAUACUGUACACAAUUCUCUCCAGUAGAAAAACGAGGAAGGAAAUAUAGCUGUGUUGGAACACUACUCGUUUUUACACGAUUGCACUAAGUAUUGAUACGUCAGAACUUUUUUAUUGAUAGAAGUAGGAUUUAUGAAGACGAGUAUUUCAGGGAGUGACAAGACCACAUUUUUCUUGCUCUCCAGUCAUACCAUUGUUUUUGCCUGUGUUUGGACCUGUACACAGGCCUGCUGACGUGUUUACGUUACGUCGCCGGCUUAUUUUCUUGGAAUCUCCACAAACGUGUUCUGCACCAACACAUUGUGCCUUAUUGCUGUCAUCUCAUCUUUUUUUUUUUUUUUUAAGUCGAGCUUCGGUUUAAAGGCUGAUCGUUGGGGCAUAAACCAGAAAAUACCAAUUUAUGUGCCUUAAUCAGACAAAAAAAGCAAAUAAUUUUAACAUCACACUCAUGUGCUCUGGAUUUUAUUCCAUAUAUGAUGUCAGAGAGGGAAAUAACCUGAAUGAAUUUUUUUUUUUUAUGGUGAUGGAAAUAUAAGAAAUGAUCUCAAAAUGCCUUUGAAGGUAAUUUAAACAUUUAAAAUGUCCUCAGAACCAUACACGUGUCUUAUUUUUGUGCUAUGGGUAGAAUGUAACUAGUCACACAUAACAACUUAAAUGUUCGACAAAGCAAAACAUUCAAGUGCUGUGACUCAAGUCUUCCAGAUGUAAAAAAAAAAAGAGUUAUGUUCGAUGCAAAAUUGCCAGAGGAGCUCAGUUACAGGCCGAGGCUCAGUCAUUCGUCUAAUGUGAGAUUGCAUGGACGUUAGAGUACACUGUGGCCUUAAAAACUGUACAUCAUGAACUUGUUUUUGUUUGUUUGCAAUUUUAAUCAGUCAUGUCUGGGGAUUAAAUCUGUUUUUCCUGCU